GUCCGACUUUAUUAUCUUAUUUCAUUAUGAAAGCUCAUUCUUAUCACUCCAAUUCUAAAGCAAUCUAUUGAAGAACUGAAGUUGACAGAACCUCCAAUAAAUCAAAAUUCUUUGACUUAUAAAUAUUGUUCCCGGAUGAUCUGUUAUCAUUAUUUCCGGACAUCACACUGACGAGGACGCGGACUAUGGUUAUCAGGGAUUAAUCGAGAGCGAUUGUUUUUGAUUAAUUUAUUGAAAUUAGAAAAAUAUACAAAAUGUCCGAUUACUACACAAACGUUGGGUUUGAACACGAUGAGAAAAAACCAAAUGGAACUACUCCAAAUGGUAAACUACCCGAUGUUUCCAAAACGCCAAAUGGUAAUGUAGGGAAUGGGCACCAUUACGAAACAUUUGUUAAACCGCACAUCGGAGAACAUGAACCUGAAACUAAGGAUUCAUUUGAGAUGAAAAGCAUGGACGAAAAACCAAAGGACUUGGAGAAAGGACAGCUCGAUGAUGACGAAGUUGAUUACUCAGAUGCCAACUGCAUUACAAGAGGAAUGAAAUUGUUUCAACUCGGGUUUUCACAGUUUAUCACUAAUAACUUUAACUUGUUAAGAAAUAUCUUCAUGGGUGUGCUUCUCGUGGGCUAUAGCGUCUACUUUGUAUUUGCCCUCCUGUAUUCUGUGCAAGGAGCCACGGCCCUUAUAGUCAUGACCUCGAUUGCUGUCUUCUUUAUCGUCUAUGCCUUCUUACGCGAUCACUUUGGGGAUACAGUGAACAGAGUUGUAUUUGUCCCACUUGGACGUCUUCUGGAUAAACAUUGGUUUUGGCUAAAAUGGAUAGUUUACCUGGCGCUACUGGCGGGUCUGAUUACGUAUCUGGCUGUAGAAUGCAUCAAACGUUGGGAACAACUUAUCCCCGUUGGUGGAGUUGCCCUCAUUAUAUUCCUUGAGUUUCUGUUCUCAAAGCACCCACAUAAGGUGCGCCUGAGACCUGUAGCAUGGGGAUUCGGUCUACAGAUUGUGCUGGGGAUUCUCGUCCUGCGCUGGAAGCCUGGAUACGACGCCAUAGAGUGGGUAGCGGAUCAAGUGCAAGAGUUCAUGUCGUAUACACUAGCAGCUGGGGACACCGUAUUCGGAUUCACCAUUCUACAUCCGUUCAUCUUUUUGAUGAUGCCCAUGCUCAUUUGGUUUGCCGCUGUGAUGUCUGUGUUAUAUUUCUUUGGGAUCACCCAAGUGAUUGUUAAGAAGAUGGGUUGGUUUAUGCAAAUGACGUGUGGAACAACUGCCGUAGAAUCACUUAGUGUAUCUGCUAAUAUCUUCCUAAACGGGAUGGAUACACUGCUUAUGUUACGUCCCUACCUGGAGAAACUGACCAAGUCCGAGUUUCACGCCAUGCAAGUCGGCAACCAGGCCACCGUUGCUGGAUUUGUAUUUGCUGUUUUCAUCUUGUUAGGGGCACCACCCCAGCAUCUGCUGACUGCAGCUUGCAUGAGUGCCCCUGCUGCUAUGGCAAUAGCUAAACUCAACUAUCCAGAAACGGAACAGUCUGUAACCAAUGGCGACGUCGAAUUUCCACCUCCGGUUGAAAAGAAUGUCAUCGAAUCAGCUUCCAAUGGUGCCAAGGCAGCUGGCAAGACUGUCACAGCUGUCGUGAUCAGCUUUAUUUUUAUGUUGUCAGCUAUAGAGUUUCUUAACGCAACUUUGAAAUGGAUUGGGGAGAGGGUUGGAUAUGGCGAUCUCACUUUCCAGUUGAUCUGUUCGUACGUCUUCUGGCCAUUUGCCUUCUUGAUGGGUAUAGAGCGAGACAACUGUGGACAAGUCGCCAAAUUAUUGGGAAUUAAACUGUUUACGAGUGAAUUUCUGGCCUACAGUGAACUUGGAGAUAUGGCAGAAGCUGGUGAAAUCACACAACGAUCAGCUGCCAUUGCGACGUAUGCUUUGUGUGGGUUUUCUGGAUUGGCCACGUGUGCGAUUGCAAUUGGAGUAUGGAGUGCUCUCGUUCCUUCAAGAGUCAGUUGGGUAGCAGAACAAAUGUUACGAUGUGUUAUCAAUGCAAACAUGGCCUGCUUCCUCACUGCAUGUGUUGCCAGUGUUCUUUACCGAGACGAUUUCUCAAUUGUCAAUGUCAAUGGGACAUCUAUUGACCCUCUGCCCAUCGUAGGAAACGGUGGAAUAAUGGAUGUUAUACUUGACUUGGUCGGCAGCAUCAUUCCAAAAGACAUUAUGGAUUCCUUUGCGAAUAUCAUUUUGGGAAUACGCGAUAUUGUAUUACCCGCAGCGCCAAAUUGCACUAUUACUGGAGGCACAAUCGUGAACGAAGUAAACGGAGGUCUCCAAGGUAUUUUGGACGUGCUUGGUGCGAUCCUACCAGAUGAUGCCAUGGGUUCUCUUAACCAAGUACUUGACGGACUGCAAGGGAUCGUCCGUCCUCGAGAUUGUGUCAUCCUCAAUGUGACAACUGGUUUCAACGAUACAAUGGCAACUGCUGAAACCGCAACUGGUGAUUUGAUAGGUACAAUCAUUGACUUGAUAUCUGCAAUAAUACCCGAGGACAGACAAGGUUCUUGGGAUAAAGUGCUCCAGGGAAUCGAGGACUUGCUCACCCCUGCUGCAGUGAACUGCUCCAACCCUGAUACUAUCAACCCUACCGUUGACCCAGUCCUUGUUGGCAUAUGGGAUAUUAUCAAACAACUCCUUCCAGCUGAUGUUAUAGCAUUACUUACACAAAUAGGUAAUGGUAUAGGUGAAAUAGUGGCUCCUAUUAAUAACUGUGAUGUAACGACAGUUGCCACUGUAACUGCCAGUGCAAUGGCAGAUUCGGGAAUGUCCGCUCUAGCCGCUGUGCCUGGUGUAAACCAGAUCUCCUCGCAGCAGCUACAGACAAUGCACGACGCAGUGUUACAUAUGCCGCAAGAAACAAUAUCGCAGGUUGCGCAACAAAUGACACAUAUAAUUGGCUAUUUCCAAACCAGUGAUUUACUAGAGACAGCUAUGAAUACACAAGGGGUCAAUCCAGCAGUGACUAAAAUAAUUGAACUUUCCCAUCAACUUCCUGAACAUGUUCUUAAUCCAUUGCAUCGGGUCUUAGAGGGCUUGUCAGAGCUGCUAACUGCGGGGACAUAAUCAAAACUUUGUUUCUGAAAAUUCAUGGUGAAAUAUUUUAUUGUACCAGCUGGUUGGAAACAGCAAGACACAAAGUUAAUGAUAUUAUGUAAAUUUUGAUAUUCUCGAUUUUAAUUGGUCAACGAAAGGUCAAUA